UAGGCUUCAGUUUCGUUUCUCCUGUUCCAGGAAAUAGACAAUCACCACCGGCUCAGAAGCCGAUCUUUUUGAAGAGGUGCAGUACUUCAGACAGCCUCCAGAACCCAGACAUCCUGAAAAGUCACCUUCACCACAUUCCAGUCCUCAUACUUCCUGGUGUCAAAGAGCAAGAACAGCCCAGUGUGAACCAGCACUCCCUGCUCACUUUGGAGCUGGGCUCUUACAAUGGCAAGCAACGCACCACAACACCCAGGUGCUGAGGGGGGAGAAUCAGCAGAAGGGGUUCCAAACAAAAAGAGAAGGAACAACAGAUACCGAGCUUUCCCAAAGGAGCAGAAGAGGAUCCUGAAGACCUAUGAAGAUAUGGAAAGUGAGACAAAGAAAACUCUGGACACUGCAUUUGAGAAGCUGCUCAAUGUACUACCCUCUCUGGACAACAUGCCGGAUGGUGCUUGGUAUCUCAAGGACCGCCUCUCCGCACUGAAGGCAAAGAGCUCCUUGGACCCCAUUUACAUUGGGCUCUUUGGCACCACAGGGGCUGGAAAGAGCACGCUGCUCAACGCCAUCCUGGAGAAGAAGUUCUUCCUGCCUGUGUCGGGGAGCAGGACCUGCACCUCCUGCAUCGUGGAGAUCAAGACCAGCCAGACCAAAUACUAUGAAGCAAAUAUCCACCUUCUCUCAGAUGAGGAAUGGAAGAAGGAGCUGAGGAAUCUCGUGGAGCUUCUGAGCAAGACGGGGGAAGAGGACGAGGAGGGGAGCCAUAAUGAUGCUGAUGUCGAGGAAGUCAUUCAGAAGCUUCAGAGUAUUUAUGGGCAAGGUGCUGAAACCAAAUGUUAUGAAGACUUAUUGAAGAUGAAGCCAGUGAUAAAAAUUCCCACUUUGAGACGUAUUCCACUCAAAGGAAUGUCGGCAGAUGAGCUUUCUGAGAAACUGGACCCUUAUGUGCGGAGGUGGAGUGACGAGGAUGAGAGAGAGCCAGCACAGGAUGGAGACAAAGAAAAGAUGCGAUUCUGGCCCCUCAUCAAGCAUGUGGAAGUGACUCUCCCGAGGUCUGAUGUGAUACCAGAAGGUGUCGUGUUUAUGGAUGUUCCAGGGACUGGAGAUUUCAACAGCAAAAGGGAUCAGAUGUGGAAAGAGGGCAUCAAUAAAUGUUCAGUCAUCUGGAUUAUCAGUGAAAUUGUCCGAGCCCAGGGGGAGAAAGUCCAGGAAGUGCUGCUGGCAGAGAGCAUCAAGGCUUACCAAAGUGGGAGAUGCACUGACAUCAGCCUGGUGGUCACAAAGACGGAUGAGCUGAAUCUUGAAGAAUACAAUUGGGAACGAAGACACAGAAAUAUCCCUCUAGAGAGCAAACAUGAUGCCAUUUUAGAAAGAAAUGCAGCCAUGAAAUGGGAAAGGGGCAAAAGAAUGAAGGACAAGCUAAAGAGAAAACUGCCAAGUGACUCAGAGAUUCUGGACAAGACCGAUUUUGUCUACACUGUCAGCGCCAAUGGAUAUUGGGAUCAAACACUUAAUCUCAACAAGGAAGAGUCAGAGAUACCCAAGCUGAGAGACUAUGUCCGGAGUGUCUAUCUGAAAGAGAAGAAGCUGCUGCUAACGGAUUAUGUGAGGGAGACACUGGUCAUUCUCUCAGUGGUUCAAAACCUCAGGAAGACACCUGAAUGCUUGGAUCAAUUUGGUGAGCAGGAUCACUUGGAGAACUCUGUCAAGAAGGAAAUUAUGGCUCUGGAAGAACAGGUUAAAAAAUGUUUUGACCAGAUGAAUCAUCCCCUUGAUGAAGGUGCCAAGGAUGCCAUUAAAUCCAAGAAGAGAAUUAUAAGUACAUUCCUUGAUCGAGACAACGGAAACCAAGGUUUUUAUGGCACCCUCAAAGCCCUGUGCCUGAGGCAUGGUAUGUACGCAUCCCAGUCCUGCCCCCGGAUAGACAUCAAUGAUGCUCAGCCCAUCUUUGAUAAAAUUGACAAGAUGUUUGGAAACAUAUUCAGUUAUUGCAAUAGGAUCCAAAGAGGCACUCGAGCCACAUUGAGAGACAAACUGAAUACCUUCAUGGACGCUGUGAGGAAGAAAUUUGAGAAGGUUGGGGAGGAGAAUUCAGCAGCUGAUAACAACUGCCAGCCCAGCUUCCUUAUGCAAGAAAUGAAAGUCAUCAUGAGUUCCCUUGACAGAUACAUCCUCCAGAAGAAGGCAGAUAUCUACCUGUCCCUUUCGCUCUCCAUUCAGAAUGAUCUAGAGCCGUAUUAUGAUGAGGCAGCUAAAGUAAGGGGGAAGCAAGCCUGCCAGAGGAUGAAAACGAUCCUCACGGAGAACAUAGACAAAGAGGUGAAGAGUGGGAUGUUUGAACGGGCAACAGAGAGGAUGAGGGAGCAAUUCCAGAAGCUGAAGAAUGAUAUGACAGAGAAGCUGCUAAAUGACUAUUCCAAGAUGAUCAAACUUGCCUUUUCUCACUGGGAAAGGGAUGCUGGGGACCUGCCAGAUUUCAAGAGAGAACAUGAAAACAUUAAUGGCCUUCUUGAACGUCUGGAAAACUGUGAAUAAAAAGAUCAGGGGGGAAUUAUUUAAAAAAUAUAUAUUUCCGAUUCAUCAGGUUAUAGAGAUUUUUUUCCUUCUCUUCCUUGCAACAAAGUUACAGGUUUUAUUAGUUUUAAUCAUGCGUGAUGUUAACAGAAGCAUUUCAGUUCAUUACUUUCUCACUUUUGCAUAUAUAUUUCACGAAUUAUUAACCUAUUUGAGUGUAGCAUUGAUUAAGACAGAGAUGUUAAAGACAGAGCUGAUAUGAGAUAGAGAUGAUAAGAUAGAGAUUUCUAUUAAGAUAGAGAUGAUGAAGUGUUCAAUCCACCCUGCACUGUGAAAAUAGGAGAAAGUGAACAAGAUACAAACUUGUUUAAUGCAUUUGUAACACACUUUAGCAGCAAUUUAUUGAGAAUAACAGUGUUUUUACUCAUCGUUUCUAAAAAAAGGUUGUGGAUUUUAAGAAGAAAAUAGAAGAAUGCACAAAGCUUCUGAUGAAGUGUCCAAGUCAAUGCAAACUGAGAGAAAUAUAAAGUUUACAGAAGUAAACUGCCCAGGAAUUGUUGCCCUCAGCAUUUGCCAGGUUCCCAUGCAAACAGCCCAGAAUAAU